GCUUUGCUGCUUGACCCUCAUUCUACCACACACCCUUAAGCGAACCGGCAUUUGCACACCUUACAAACCCAGUCAUGAGCAGGGCAUAUUCAGCUUCAGCCGAGACGGCUUCCUCUUACCGCCGUACCUUCGGCUCCGGCCUGGGCUCCUCCAUAUUCUCUGGCCGUGCAGGUUCCUCUGGAUCCUCUCGUGUGUCUUCCAAAGUUUAUGAGAUGACCAAGACAGCCUCUUCUCCCAUUUUUUCCAGCCACCGUGCAUCCAGCUCUUCAUUUGGUGGUGGAACAAUGGUCCGUUCCUAUGCCGGAGAGAAGCUGGACUUCAAUCUGGCCGACGCCAUGAACCAGGAUUUCCUCAACACACGCACUAAUGAGAAGGCAGAGCUGCAACAUCUCAACGACCGUUUCGCCAGCUACAUCGAGAAGGUGCGCUUCCUAGAGCAGCAGAACCAAGCAUUGUCCGUGGAGAUUGAACGUCUGCGGGGCCGCGAGCCCACGCGCAUCGCAGAGAUAUAUGAGGAGGAGAUGAGAGAGCUGCGCAGACAGGUGGAUGCACUGACCAAUCAGAGGUCCCGCUUUGAGAUAGAGAGGGACAACCUGGUCGAUGACCUGCAGAAACUAAAACAGAGACUACAAGAGGAGAUCCACCAGAAAGAGGAAGCUGAGAACAACCUCUCUGCUUUUAGAGCUGAUGUAGAUGCUGCCACUCUGGUCAGGCUGGACCUGGAAAGACGUAUUGAAGGCCUUCAUGAAGAGAUUGCAUUCCUCAAGAAGAUCCAUGAGGAGGAGAUCCAUGAGCUGCAAAACCAGAUGCAGGAGAGUCAGGUGCAGAUCCAAAUGGACAUGUCCAAACCAGACCUGACUGCCGCCCUCAGGGACAUCCGCAUGCAGUACGAGGGUAUCGCUGCCAAGAAUAUCUCAGAGGCUGAGGAAUGGUACAAGUCUAAGGUGUCAGAUCUGAACCAGGCAGUAAACAAGAAUAAUGAUGCCCUCAGACAAGCCAAGCAGGAGACCAUGGAGUUCCGUCACCAGCUCCAGUCCUACACUUGCGAGAUUGACUCUCUCAAGGGCACCAAUGAGUCUUUGAUGAGGCAAAUGAGGGAGAUGGAGGAGAGGAAUGGCCGUGAGGCCGGUACUUAUCAGGACACCAUUGGCAGUCUUGAGGCUGAGAUCGCAAAAAUGAAGGAUGAAAUGGCUCGCCAUCUCCGUGAGUACCAGGACCUGCUGAAUAUUAAGAUGGCACUUGAUGUGGAGAUCGCCACCUACAGGAAGCUUCUGGAAGGAGAGGAGAGCAGGAUCUCUCUUCCUGUGCAGUCCUUUUCUACCUUGAGUUUCAGAGAGACCAGCCCAGAGCAGCACCACCAGCAACAACAGCGCGCAUCUGAAGUCCACUCUAAGAAAACAGUUCUGAUCAAGACCAUUGAGACCCGGGAUGGCGAGGUCGUCAGCGAAUCCACACAGCACCAGCAGGACGUCAUGUAAAGCCUACGAAACAGAUUGAAUUUCACUGAAUCCCUUUCCCUAUCUUACAUUUUCACCGAUGGCCUUAGGCUUUUUAUGCACACACCCAGUAUUGCCAUGACCCAUUACCACAUGCGUGGAUGACACACAAAGACAAACGGAAAGUGAGCUGAAGAACGAGAGGGAGAACGAGCGAAAAGGCAUAAUAUGGAUGCUGUCUGGAAAGUCCUGAAAUUGGCCAGUUGAUCUCAAGAGUUUUUGUUGAUAUGAAUGUACGUGUGCAUGUGUGGUAGGGUCAUAUCUGAUAAACUGUGUUCCACUGCUAUAAAAAGACAACAAUAAACUGCACUGUACUUUCCUCCUAUAAAAUGUAAGGCUUUUGUACAUUCGGAUUAAUCUCAUACAUACUGUAGUUGUAAUGUUAAAAAAAAAGUCAAUUUACUAUAAAAGACAGCAAUAAAAUGCACUGUAUUUUCCUCCUA